AUGCCACAUUUCCAGAGACUAGGGGGAAUAGGUCUCCGUAUAGCGCGAUGUAAAGGUUGGCCGGAGGUAGAUCUGGGCAUUGAUAGUCUCCAUCAGUCAGAGUCCGCCGUUACCCAGGUUAUAAAAACCUCAGAACUUCAUCCGAUCUUUCACAAAAAGUCCAUUCGAAGUGCUCAGAGGACCCUGGACGUCGAGUUCGAAAAGUACGACAACUUCAAGCCACCCCAACAGGGCCAACCCGCUGUGGAACUAACGGCGAAGGGAUUAGGAUCUGUGAUUCUCACAAUCAGACUCUUGGCUGAGAUUCUGAACAAGGCCCCCGAGGAGGUCAAAGAUCUAUUCCGCUUGGCUUGCAAGACUGCGGCAUCGAAGCGGCCCUUCCGGCUUUGGGGCAGUUCCGCCAACUCGUGGAGAAAUAGACCCGCACAGUCCCAAGUCAACAAGCUAACACCUUAA